CAGACAUCAUGGCGGCCUGCGCAGAGCAGAUCACGCGUUCACAACAGUGACAGGGCGGCUGCCCAGGCGCGCGGUCACCGCCUCGUUACCAUUGUCUGUCCCGCUCCUGAGCCCUCGCCGCAGCUUGCUGCAUACAAAUAGCCCCACGAAAGCUACUUGCUACCCCACCAACACGUCUCGCAUCACAAACACAACCCCGCGACGGACCACCCAGCCCUCCCGACACACUCCCUACAUACCCGUCAGACACUGCUCCCACCGCCGCAAUAUGUGUAGACAUUCUGGCGCAGACAUUCACUCCCAUGUGGACGUCACCAAGUCCCGCGAGGUGCUGCCCACCAAUGUCAAGCCGAUCCACUACGACCUGACCCUCGAGCCAGACUUCGAGAAGUUCACAUACGAGGGCUCAGUGACAAUUGAUCUAGAUGUUGUCGAAGACAGCACUUCGAUCUCCCUCAACACCAACGAACUCAAGAUCCACUCGACGAAAAUCACCGCCGGAGACCAGGUCAUCUCGAGCAACCCCAAGGUCACUCACGAUGAGGACAAGCAGACAACGAAGGUCGACUUCGACCAAACACUCCCCGGCGGCAGCAAGGCGAAGCUCACCAUGACCUUCACCGGCACGCUGAACGAUGACAUGGCGGGCUUCUACCGCUCGUCUUCAAAGGCAGCAGACGGGUCAGACACAUGGCUGGCUACCUCACAGAUGGAGCCCACCGAUGCUAGGCGGGCGUUCCCCUGCUUCGAUGAGCCGGCACUGAAGUCAAAGUUCACCGUGACGCUGGUCGCAGACGAGAAGAUGACAUGUCUGAGUAACAUGGACGUGGCUUCGGAGAAGCAGGUAGACUCCAAGGUCAUUAGCGGAAAGAGGAAGGCCGUCACAUUCAACCCCACCCCACUUAUGUCGACAUACCUUCUGGCGUUCAUUGUUGGAGAGCUGAACUACAUCGAGACCAAGGGCUUCCGUGUCCCUGUCAGGGUUUACGCUCCGAAGGGUAGCGACAUCGAGCACGGCAGGUUCUCGCUCGACCUCGCUGCGAAGACUCUGAAGUUCUACGAGGAGACAUUCGACAGCUCUUUCCCUCUUCCCAAGAUGGACAUGGUCGCCAUUCCUGACUUCAGUGCAGGAGCCAUGGAGAACUGGGGUCUGAUCACCUACCGCGUGGUUGACGUCCUCAUCGAUGAGAAGAACGCCGGCGCAUCCACCAAGCAGCGAGUUGCUGAGACCGUACAGCACGAGCUUGCCCACCAGUGGUUCGGCAACCUGGUCACCAUGGACUUCUGGGAGGGCUUGUGGCUCAACGAAGGAUUUGCAACGUGGAUGUCUUGGUACUCUUGCAACGUCUUCUAUCCUGACUGGAAGGUCUGGGAGGGUUACGUUACAGACACACUUGCGAGCGCAUUGUCCCUCGAUGCGCUGCGCAGCAGUCAUCCUAUCGAAGUACCCAUCAAGCGGGCGGACGAAAUCAACCAGAUCUUCGAUGCUAUCUCGUACUCAAAGGGCUCGAGUGUCAUUCGUAUGAUUUCGAAGUACCUGGGGGAGGAUGUCUUCAUGGAGGGUAUCCGCAGGUAUCUCAAGAAGCACGCCUAUGGUAACACCCAGACUGGUGAUCUCUGGGCCGCUCUGUCCGAUGCCAGUGGCAAGGACGUCGAGAAGGUCAUGGACAUCUGGACCAAAAAGGUCGGCUUCCCAGUCAUCAGCGUAACCGAAAACUCCGACUCCAUCCAUCUUAAGCAGAACCGUUACCUUCGUACAGGUGACGUCAAGCCUGAGGAAGACGAGACCCUUUACCCAAUCUUCCUGGCUCUGCGUACCAAGGAGGGUGUGAACGAGGAUGUCACACUGUUCGAACGUGAGAAGAACCUCAAGCUCAAGGACACAGACUUCUUCAAGCUUAACGCUGACCAUGCCGGUUUCUACCGUACUUCUUACACCCCUGAGCGACUGGAGAAGCUUGGUGUCGCUGCUAAGGAGGGUCUUCUCACCGUAGAAGACCGGGCUGGUAUGAUUGCCGAUGCCGGCUCUUUGGCUGCUUCUGGCUACCAGAAGACCUCUGGUAUACUGUCGCUGCUCGACAGCUUCAAGCAGGAGCCUGAGUUUGUCGUCUGGUCGGAGAUUGUUACCCGAAUUGCCACACUGCGCGGCGCAUGGCUGUUCGAGGAUCAGGAAGUCAGGGAUGCCCUCAAGGCAUUCCAACAAGAUCUGUGCAGCGGCAAGGCGCACGAGCUGGGCUGGACCUUUACUGAGAACGACGGUCAUCUUGAGCAGCAGUUCAAGGCUAUGAUGUUCGGCGCGGCUGGUCUUACUGAUGAGGCCAUCACUAAGGCGGCGUUCGAUAUGUUGGAGAAGUUCAAGGCCGGUGACAAGAAGGCGAUCCACCCCAACCUCCGAGGCAGUGUCUACGCCAUCGUGCUGAACAAGGGCGGCAAGGCAGAGUACGACAUUGUCGAGAAUGAGGCCAUCAAUGCCGAGACAAGCGUUGAGCGCAACACUGCGUUGCGUGCACUUGGACGAGCCAAGUCUCCAGAACUCAUCCAGCGCACACUUGACCUCUCGCUCAGCAAGGAUGUCAAGACCCAGGACAUCUACCUGCCAUUGUCCGGUCUUCGCGGACACGCAGAAGGAUGCAAUGCGCUUUGGAAGUUCACCAAGGAUAACUGGGACGAGCUUGUCAAGAAGUUGCCCAUCAGUCUGCCGCUGUUGAGCUCCGUCGUUGCCAUUGCUACAUCCAGCUUCACCCACCGCGAGCACAUCCAGGAUAUCGAGGCCUUCUUCAAGGACAAGAACACCAAGGGUUUCGACAUGUCGCUUUCUCAGGCUCUUGAUAGCGUCAGCGCAAAAGCUGCUUGGCUAGCGCGUGAUUCGGAAGACGUCAAGGCCUGGCUCAAGGAGCACAAGUACUUGUAAAGGGCGGAUUGCAGUGGCCGUUGUUCACAACUCCAGUAUUUCGAGCUGAGAGAAAUGACAUAGACAAUUGUACAAUAUCAAUAUAGCAAUAGACACAUCACUCACAUUCAC